CAGCGCCGCUUCCCCUUCGCCCACCGUGAACGGUCCCAGCAAGCGUGCACUGGCCCGCGGGAGCCCGGAGCGCUCGGGAACGCGCAAACGCGCGCCCCGGCCCCCCCAGCACAAGAGCCGGAGAGAGGGAGGCGAAGGAGGAAGGCGGCAUCAUCAUCACCACCAGCAUCAGCAUCAGCAUCAGCAGCGGCCGCUACAUUGGCUUGCAUGAGACUACUCGGGCUCCCCUCCGAUCCGCACUGCCUGCUUCCAGCCAGCAUUCACCCUUGCGCCGCGAUGAAACGGGCAAGGAGAGCAGCGAUCCUGCCGACUGGCCGCUGAACGAGGAAGGACAAGGGCGACCUGGCGAGACUUGGUCGGGAUUGGAAUGGUCUGAAGUCAGCGUGUUAUUGGACAUGGGCGUUGGCUGGUGGUACCGACUGGGCGCGUUGCUCCUCGUGUCUAGCCUAACCUGGCGACAGAGUUUUUCGCAGAGUGUCGCUCCAGUGAUGAAGCAACGGAAUAAUGACAACAUCACAAUCUUCACUCGAAUACUGGACAGUCUUCUGGACGGAUAUGAUAACAGGCUCAGACCUGGCCUGGGAGAAAGAAUAACGGAAGUUAAAACUGAUAUCUACGUUACAAGCUUUGGUCCAGUGUCGGAUACUGAAAUGGAGUACACCAUCGAUGUAUUCUUCCGUCAGAGUUGGAAGGACGAGCGGCUGAAGUUUAAGGGACCAAUGCAGCGUCUGUCCCUGAAUAACAUGCUGGCCAGUAAGAUAUGGACUCCGGACACGUUCUUUCACAAUGGCAAGAAGUCCAUUGCUCACAACAUGACCACCCCAAACAAGUUGCUCAGGUUGGUCGAGGACGGUACUCUGCUCUACACUAUGAGGUUAACCAUUUCUGCUGAGUGCCCCAUGCAACUAGAAGACUUCCCAAUGGACGUUCAUGCUUGCCCCCUUAAAUUUGGAAGCUAUGCGUAUCCGAACUCUGAGGUCGUUUAUAUAUGGACUAACGAGACGUACAAAUCUGUGGUUGUGGCUGAAGACGGCUCUCGCCUGAAUCAAUACGACUUGUUGGGACACACAGUGGGAGAUGAACUGAUCAGAUCAAGCACAGGCGAUUAUGUAGUGAUGACAGCACAUUUCCAUUUGAAGAGAAAAAUAGGUUAUUUUGUCAUCCAAACCUAUCUCCCCUGCAUCAUGACUGUUAUCUUAUCCCAGAUGUCAUUUUGGUUGAACAGAGAAUCUGUCCCUGCCAGAACAGUGUUUGGUGUGACCACUGUGCUGACAAUGACAACUCUGAGCAUCAGCGCAAGAAACUCGUUGCCAAAAGUAGCAUAUGCCACCGCAAUGGACUGGUUCAUAGCUGUCUGCUACGCAUUUGUCUUCUCCGCUCUCAUAGAGUUUGCGACAGUCAAUUACUUCACUAAACGAAGCUGGGCAUGGGAUGGGAAAAAAGCCAUGGAAGCCUAUCAGUCCAAGAAAAAGGACACUUUGACAAGAAACAUGAACAAUGCAUACGCCAUCGGAGGGAUGGCCUAUACGCCAAACAUUACGAAGGAACCCGUCAUCUCGAGUAUUUCCAAGAGCACCACCGUGCACAUGAAGGCAGAAGAAAAAGUGGCUGAAAGUAAAAAAUCUUAUAACAGCGUCAGCAAAAUUGACAAAAUGGCCAGAGUUGUGUUUCCUGUCUUCUUUGGCAUCUUCAAUUUGGUUUACUGGGCAACGUACCUGAACAGGGAUCCAGUUAUAAAAGAAGCCUUUACUCCAAACUAACCAUCUAGGGGAAGUAAAGGGCCUGUCCCACGGGCAUGCGACUCCAUGCGGCAAGCACGACCUAAAGGGCCGGUCCCACCAGCAUGCGCCUGCAUGCGGCAAGCGCCACCUAACGUGGUCACUUGAGCCGUACGGCCUCGCGGGGCCGGUCCCACUUCGAUCGCCGGAGCCGUAUGGAGUUGUGCGGAGCUGGUCCCGACAUCGCUCGGGGCUCCGAAAAACUGACCUGUUUAAAAAUUCCGCGCGGCAACGGCCUGCCGGCCCGCAGCCGCCUCGACACCGUGUCACUCACUCGACCUCCGCGCAGCUCUCGCUUCUGGUUUGGUCGCACUUGCCGCAUGCCGUACGGCUCAAGCGACCACGUUAGGUCGCGCUUGGCGCAUGCAGGCGCAUGCUGGUGGGACUGGCCCUUUAGGCCGCGCUUGCCGCACGCAGGUCGCAUGCCCGUGGGACAGGCCCUUUACUCAAUCUGUUGACCAUAUCCCUAGACACUGGUGUAAGCAGGGAAGAUUUUAAGCGCCUGACAAUUUUAUACUGUAUGAUUAUCCAAAAUAUUUCAGACCUUUUUUCAUACGUCUUGCAUGUCGUAAGCAGAUGAUGCCAGAUUUCCUUUGACAGUUUCUAUAUUUAAAUGGCAAAUGAAACAGGGCACAACGAUUACUUUGAGAAUGCUGCAAUUAAAAAAAAACAGAACAAUGGUAAUGAAGUUUGACUUUUGUGUAUGCAGGUUGAAAAUAAAGUACUGCAGAUACUUAUGUGUCUGAAUUCUGUGGCUUAAUUCUGUACUUUGUAGAUUGAGUUCCCUUUGAAGGUGAUAAUGAUAGCUGUUGAAUGAUGUUCUUUCAAUGGAGA